UUCAGAUCAAAAAAAAAAAACAAAACGACAAAACACAAACACGAGGGUUGGUCGGAGAAUAAAAAAAAGAAAAAAAAAUUGGCCUUUGGGAAAAAUAAGGAUUUUUGUAUCUAAAGCCUUAGGAGUCUCCGCAUCAAGUCGACGUAAUCGUGGAAAAGGAUCAGUUUUGGCCUCUGCUAGUUCAAUAGGCAGGUUUGGUUAGUGCAACUUUUUGGUUGGGUACCAUGAGCUUCACAGAUCCUUCUGUUGGUCCUGGUGGUGGAACUGGUAGAGGAGCACUUGAGUUUGGAAGAACGUAUGUGGUCAGGCCCAAAGGUAGGCACCAAGCGACCAUAGUUUGGCUACAUGGCCUUGGUGAUAAUGGUUCAAGCUGGUCCCAGCUCCUGGAGACCCUCCCUCUUCCGAAUAUUAAAUGGAUAUGCCCAACUGCCCCUACUCAACCAAUAACUAUAUUUGGUGGCUUUCCAUCAACUGCUUGGUUCAAUGUGGGUGACCUUUCAGAAGAUGCUCCUGAUGAUAUAGAGGGAUUGGAUGCUGCUGCAGCACAUGUUGCAAAUUUGCUGUCAACAGAGCCUGCUGACAUUAAACUUGGUGUUGGAGGCUUCAGUAUGGGUGCUGCUACCUCGCUAUACUCCGCAACUUGUUUUACUCAUGGAAAAUAUGGAAAUGGCAAUCUGUAUCCUGCCAAUUUGAGCACAGUUGUAGGACUUAGCGGAUGGCUUCCAUGUUCAAAGACUUUGAAAAACAAAAUAGAAGGACAGGAUGAAGCUGCAAGACGUGCUGCAUCCUUGCCCAUUUUGCUAUGCCAUGGCAAAGGUGAUGAUGUGGUUCCAUAUAAAUUUGGAGAGAAAUCCUCUCGAGCAUUGAGUUCAAAUGGAUUUCAGGACAUGAGUUUCAAAUCCUACAAUGGGCUUGGUCACUAUACAAUCCCUGAGGAGAUGGAAGAGGUCUGUGCUUGGUUAACUGCAAAACUGGGGCUUGACGGUCGAUCCACAUAAGUAUGUAAUGUGAAAUUGUUUUGCAUUAUUUGGAGGAAGUGAAAUGGAGAGGAGAAAUUAUUCACAAGUUUCAAGUAACAAAAUUGAGCAAAAUUGUUCUGGUAUGGGUGUCAUACAUGGUAUAGUGUACCUUGUUAUUUCUCUCGUAGUUGAUAUUUGCUUAAUUGGUCCUGGACCUUGCUAGAACUGUGUGAUGGAACACGUGAACAUGUACCGAUUUGACCAUCAACUUGCAGUUUGGAAUAUUAUUAUUUGGAAUGCAAUCUGGAUUGUAGAUUUUAUGUUACUUUUCCUUGCUAUUUGGUGUAAGAAAAAGACUCAAUGUUUUAUGAUUGACUGGCAUCACUAAGAAUGAUGUAUGUAUUUGAGCUCCUGCUAUUGACAAGCAUGGAGGAACAUUUUCUUUGUUUCUUGAAA